GGAAGAAAAGAGGGCCUACGACUAUGAUAGAUGUGCAUCGACGUAAACCUGAUGAGCGUGAACUAAUUAUUCUGAAUGCAAAUGGGCAACCCAUUGGACCUACCAGAGAGUGUGUUACUAAAUUUAGUCGGUUUCUGGGAACAUUGGCUAAAUCUCCUCAUCUAGCACCUCUGAAUUGUGCUAGUUGGAUAUAUAUGCCCACAAAGGAGAAGAUCUGGAAAUAUGUGAAGGAGAGAUAUAUCAUUGCCGAGGAAGGAAAAAAAUGGGUUUUGGAAACUACGAAUGCUUUGUGGCGUGUUCAUAAGUCAAGGUUUAAAAAGGAACACUACAAUUCAUUUGAAACUGAUGAAGAAAGAUUGGCAUUUCGUCCAAAAAAUAUUCCGGUAAAGCAAUUUGAAGAACUCCUAGAGUACUGGGAUUCUGAUAUGUCUAAGGAAAUAUGUGACAAAAACACAAAGAGUUGUGCAUUACGAAGUGAUGUGCAUACCAUGGGCCCUUCAUCUUAUGCUCUAUUACGCCAUGAACUGCAACAAAACGACCAAAAUAAUCAAGCACCCACUCAAGCAAAAGUCUAUAAAGAGUCUAGAAAACGAGAUCCUAAACGAGUUUAUAAGUCAAACAGCGAGAAGACAUUGCAAAACAUUGAAGCAAUAAAUGUACAAGAAUCUCAACAUGAUAAAGAAGCAGAAAGUAACUCCUUGAAGGAUGCUUAUUGUGAGGUUGUAGAUAAUGGGCAUUUACGUCUUUAUGGAAGAGGUGCAACCAAAUCUAAGCUAAAUAAAAAGAGUAAAGUUGCUGCGCCUAGCUACAUAUGUCCUCCUGAAUUCUUUCAGAGUAUCAAGGAAAACCUCAUCCGUGAGUUAGCUCCAGUAUUAACAUCUGCAGUUGUGUCACAAAUACAAGCAGCCAAUCCUGGGAUUCAACUUAAAGUUCCUGAAAUUUUUGUUGCUUCAGAAGAUACUCCAUGUGCUAGGUCUUGUUUAUUUAAGGAUAAUGAAAACUCAGACUCGGAAUCUAUUGACUAGAAAAGCUUGGCUAUGCGUAGCAGUAGAUCGUGAUGAUGGAACUUUAAGUAUAAAAUUGUUUUUUUUUGCUGAGAGCUAAAUUUUUGGAGACAUUAGAAAGUUGUUCGGUCUAGACCAUUUACUAUCUUUUAAUUUAGACUCUCUCUUAACUUUAUGCUUAUGUAGUGAAUGUUGUCAUGAUGGAGUUAUGUUGAAUUUAUAUAUAUAAUUAAUUUGAUGAAUUUUCUUUUGUUGGCAAUAA